AUGACGACUUCAACAACAUCCGUCAAUAAAUUGACCCCGACAGUACAUUCUAAUAAAACCAUUAUAAAGGAAUUCACCCUGCGAUAUCAGAUUCCGGACGAUAACACGAUAAAGUACAGACUUUUGGUGGACAUCAUUUUGUCAUGGCAGGAAUCUGACAGUGUGGUGGCAGCCGUGUUCAACGUGCGGAAUGGCUCUAGAUUGUCGGGACUUCACUUUGUUGUCAAUGGUGAAGAGUGCCAAGUCAUGUGUAUGUUUGUUAUGGGAUCGAAAUGCAACAUAACAGCUGGAGUCAAUGGUUAUCCUUGCGACGACAUUGUGUUCUCAGUCACUCGAAGUAACAAGAUAGGAGUUUUCUACGAUUUUUGCGAGCAGCCUAUGGAUAAUGUCGGAUGUAGAGGCGGAAUCGGUCUGAACAAUGUUUCAAGGAUUCUCAACGAAACCCUGGUAUACGCUAAAAGCAGAUCCAAUCUCACUUCAAUUCAAAUCCAGGAGAUAACAACCAUUCUGAACAAAUCUGCCGCACUCAACGGUCUGCAACCAGAUGACUCAAAAAAGGUGCUGCUUAACAUGGACUGCAUUCUAUCAGCCGACCAACAGCAAAUACGAGGGAGUGGUAACAGCUCUCAAAUACUGAACUCUAUGCUUCCGACACUGGUCAUGAACACAAACGCCAGCCAGUUCGACUUUUUGAUCGGAGAGAAUCUUGGAUUCACUGCGCAGAAUAUCGAUUGUUCGUCAGUGACAGAUGACAGCCUAAUCGAUUUGGGCAACAUUUUUGAAGUUCUAAACGGCUCGGUUCCAGAGAACGAUCAACAUAAUUCCAUUUACAUACCACUGACUGAGAUAUGUAGUCAGCUCCAAGCAACUCAUUACUUCAUGACUGUUUACCGAAAUCGCAAGCUGUUUAUUGGUGCAAGCCAGUACGAGACAUAUCCUUCAGCUUCAACGAUUGCUAAGCGGAGCGUCAAACCCAUCACGAAGGGAACUGUUUUCCAGCAAAUACGAGCUCGUGAUUUGAUUUGCUUGUGA